AAUGUUAUUAGAAAUAUUUCUAUUGUUUAUUUUUGUUGGGUUGUUAAUUGGAUUAAAGUGGUUAUUCACACCUUAUACUAAUUGGAAAAAUCAAUAAAAAACAGUUAAAAAGGAUGAUAGUAUAGUGAUUAUUUGUGAUGGAAAAGAAUACAAGUAUUCCACAUAUAAAAAUACAUCUGAUGUUUAAUUAAGCAUAAUUAUUCCAUCAUAUAAUGAAUAAAAUAGAUUAGGAAGAACAUUAGAAGCUACAUUUAAAGUAAACAUUAAUUCCAAUUUGAUUAGCACUUUAAUAAUUAUAAAUAUGAAAUAAUAAUCAUAAAUGAUGCAUCCAAAGACAAGACAUUAGAAGUAGCUAAGAAAUAUUAGAUAAAUAAUAAAAACUUUAAGAUUAUUACUUACAAUAAAAAUAGAGGAAAAGGAGGAGCAGUAAGAUUAGGAAUGUUAGCAGCAGCAGGGGAUAUUUAAUUAAUGAUGGAUGCAGAUUUAGCUACAGAUUUAAAUGAAUAUGAGAAAUUAUCAAAAGAAGUAAAUAUAUAUUACAAAAAUAUAAUAGUUAUUAAAAAUAACAUAAAAUGGAUUAGGAUUGGUAGCAGGUUCAAGAAAUCAUUUAGUGAAAGAUGUAGUUGUUUAAAGAAAAUGGUAUAGAAACUUUUUAAUGCAUUGUUCUAAUUUUAUUAUUAAUACUAUAUGUGGAGUCAGAUUAAAAGACACUCAAUGUGGAUUUAAAUUAUUUACAAAAAAUACAUCAGCAAUAUUAUUUAGAGUAUUACAUUUAGAAAGAUGGGCAUUUGAUGUAGAAUUAUUUAUGAUUGCAUAAAAAUACAAAGUUCCUGUCUCAGAAGUACCUGUAAAAUGGGAAGAUGUGGAGGGUUCUCAUUUAAAUGUAGUAGAAGCCUCAAUUUAAAUGGCCAGAGAUUUUCUAUUAGUCAGAAUUCUAUAUUUAUUAAAUAUUUGGAAUUUUAAGGAUGACAUAGGAUUAUGAU